AAAGCAUUCCUAGUUGUGUUGGUCCAGCUCAACUCUAUAUAUUAUCACAACUAGAGCCUAUCACUUGCGCAUCGCCUCCAAGCCGUAUCUCUCAGUCUUAAUAUCUGUACUCUCUUUAGCAGGCAAGACUCGAAUCGUCGCACCAUGAACUCAAUAUCCAAGCAAGUAGGAAGCCCUUCAGCCUCAGGCGACAAGAAGAAAGUAAUCAUCAUUGGUGCUGGGGUCGGUGGUCUUGCUACUGCUGCCAGAUUGGCAAAGGCAGGCCUAGAUGUAACCGUCGUGGAGAAGAAUAACUUCAGUGGUGGCAGAUGUAGUUUGAUCGAAAAGGAUGGGUUCAGGUUCGAUCGCGGUCCAAGCUUUUAUCUCAUGCCUGAGGUCUUUGAAGAUUUAUUCGAUGACCUUGGCGAGCGAGUUGACAAAUGGUAUCAGCUCAAGAGAUGCGAUCCAAACUAUGUGGUCCAUUUCGACGACAAAGAGACCGUCACACUCUCUUCAAAUAUGCCCAAAUUGAAAUCCGAAAUCGAGCGCUUUGAAGGCAAGGAUGGCUGGGCCAGAUUUUUGAGGUUUAUGUCCGAGGGCCAAACUCAUUACGAGGUCUCGAUCAAAGAAGUUUUGCUGAAGGACUAUCCGACCUUCGUGUCCAUUCUUAAGCUCGAGCUUGUAUGGAUGGCCCUCAAAAUCCAUGUGUUCGACAAACUUCAUCGGAGAGCAAGGGACUACUUCUGGAGCGAGCGACUCCGCAGAGCAUUCACCUUCUCUAGCAUGUAUUUGGGCAUGUCUCCAUACCGGGCCCCGGCUACUUACAACUUGCUUCAAUAUACCGAGCUGGCUCAGGGUAUAUGGUACCCAGUUGGCGGCUUCCAUCGCCUUCCUCGAUCACUCGAGUCGAUUACGAAAAAGAACGGCGGCCGAGUACUUUACUCGAGCCCUGUCAAGCGCAUCCUGUUAUCCAACAACGAAAAACGCGAAGCCUGUGGGGUUGAACUAGAGAAUGGAGAUCGGCUCGAAGCGGAUGCGGUGAUUUCGAAUGCGGACCUGGUUUGGACCUACUCGAAUCUACUUCCCCAAACCGAUUACUCCCAGAAGCUCGAAAGUUCCCAAUUGACAUGCAGCUCGAUCUCGUUCUACUGGGCCAUCAAACGCAAGAUCCCUUCCCUCGUGACCCAUCAAGUCUUUCUGGCCAAGGAGUAUCGCGAAAGCUUUGAUAUCAUUUUCGAUGGCCACUCGAUCCCUCAUCAGCCGAGUUUCUAUGUCAACGUGCCCAGUCGAAUCGACCCUUCAGCGGCUCCUGCCGGCAAGGAUGCCAUGAUCGUUCUCGUCCCAAUCGGCCAUCUGCACGCAAGCAACCUGUCCAAGAAUUGGGAGAAAAUCAUUAGCCAUGCGCGUGAAUUUGUUCUGCAUACGAUCGAGAAUAAUAUCCUCCAGCCUGGUGAUCUCAAGGAAGGUGAACGAUUCUCUGACCUGAUCGAGUCCGAAACAAUGAACACACCGCACACAUGGGAGAAGGAUCUCAAUCUCUUCAAAGGUAGCAUCCUUGGACUCUCUCAUAACAUCUUCCAGGUCAUCAACUUCCGUCCUCACAUCAAGCAUGACUCGAUUGAGAAAAUGUAUUUCGUUGGAGCUUCUACCCAUCCCGGGACGGGUGUACCAGUGGUGGCUUGUGGCUCUAAGCUAACGGCUGAAAAGGUCCUGAAAGAUAUCAAGGUCCGGAUUCCUUGGGAUCUGACUGUGCGCAGCAACAGGCCGAUCACCGUCGAUCCGGCCACUGAUCCAAGCGGUAGAACGACAACCUUGAACAAGAUGUCCAAGCCCUGGCUGUUGGACUUGAAGGAGAACAACUGGCUCUUGAGCAUUCUUCUCUUACCUUUUAUUAUCCUCUUCAAGUUGGUCUCUGAGUAAGAUCAACUCAAAUACCAUAAACAAAUGCGCUCAAGUGGUUGGUUGAGGAAACCCAGGGCGGCUGUAAGCCGCAUCGGGCUCUAUCAAUCUUCUUUUUUUCUGUUUACCAUACUAUCUGUCAAUGUAUCAGGUUUUCUCUGCAGCAAGCAACCUUAUAGAACGCAAAGAGCUUGAAGAAUUUCAGAGGUUACUUUCCUCGCGGGUUUUCGUUACUGUUUGAAUAAACAAAAAUCCAAGAAUUGCUUUCAUGAAAUACAGCUAGAGUAAAAU